GGAAUUGAUACUUGAACAACAAUCCUCACCACGACACAAAAAGCGAACUCGACUGUACACCGCCUUGUAUGAUGGCUUUCCCUCAGCAGUUUUAUAAUCCGAGAAUUCCCUUCACUGGUUCCAUUAAUGGUGGUCUCCAGGUGGGCAAAUCCAUCACCAUCAGUGGAUGGGUCCAACCUGGAGCUGACAGGUUCCAUGUGAAUUUACAGUGCGGCUCUAAUACAAAUGCGAACAUUGCGCUCCAUUUCAACCCACGGUAUGACAGUCUUCCUGGCUAUGUUGUUGCCAAUACCUUCCGCAAUGGUCGUUGGGGUACAGAAGAAAGAAAGCAAAACUUUCCUUUACCCACUGGCUCUGCCUUCAACCUGCUCAUCAGAGUCACCAGCGAUUCCUACCAGAUGAACAUCAAUGGCACUCACUUCAUGGAGUAUAAACAUCGUAUUUCAUUUUUCCAAGUGAAUACCAUCGCAAUUGAUGGAAAAGUGGACAUUUCCUCCAUAACCUUCAGUAACCCAAUGUUCGCUGGACAGCCAGCAUUUCCUGCCCAGCCCAGAUUUCCUCCUCAGCCCACCUUUCCUUCACAUGUAACAUAUCCAAACCAGGCAGGAUUUCCACCUUGUCCAGGAUUCCCCCCGCAACCUGGAUUUCCAUCACAACCAGGAUUUAGUGUUCCAUACAAGGCCAUCAUCAGUGGAGGAUUUAAGACGGGACGACUCAUUACUAUCCAAGGAACUGUUCACCCUAACGCCACAAGAUUCAAUGUUAACCUGAACCAUCCCAUUGGCAUUGCUCUACAUUAUAAUCCACGUUUCAAUGAGAACGUUGUGGUUCGAAACACCAAACACGGGGAAAAGUGGGACUCAGAGGAACGUGAUGGUCCAAUGCCCUUUCACAAGGAACAGCCUUUCACGCUAACCAUCUGUUGUGAGAAGCAUUCCUUCAGGAUCAUGGCGAACGGAAUGCAAGCUCACACCUACAGGCAUCGUUUCACUCACCUGCAGCACAUUUCAGAGUUGGAGAUCGACGGUGACAUCAGCAUCACCUCAGUUAAUGUGUAGGGAGAUUCACGAAAAGCGGUCCCACAUCCCCAGCGAUGCCCUCAACUAUCAUUUAUUGUUCUCAUUUAUUAUUAUAAUAUACAUAAUUAACACAGAUCAUAUCAUACACUGUACUAUAUCAUAACAUUGAGUAAAAUAUGUUUGCUAAAUAACAAAAAGUACAAGUUUAUUGAACUCUGUUGUGACUUGAAGCUAAAAAAGUAAAAUAAUAAUAAUAAGUUGAUUUUUCAAUAGUUUCACUGUUAAUCUAAGUCCAUUAGGGAAGGUGACUUGUUCCUAUUGUUCACCAAUUUAUUUGUACAAUCAUUCAUUUGUG